CGGCUCCUGGCGCGGCGGUGCCCCGGCGCGCGCCGCGGUGCCGCGGCAGCUCCGCGGGCCCCAGCACGGUGGUGCGGCGCCCCCAGCUGGCCUGGCGGGCGCGGCCAGGCUGAGCGUGCUCCUGUCGGGGGCGGCGCUGGCGGCCGGCUGCUGGAGAGGUCCCGAAGCGGUCUCCGGCCUGCCGCCCGCGCGCCGCUGGCGCAGGGUCGCGAGGCUGCGGCGGGCUGUGGUCGCCCAGCGGGCCGCAGCGACGGCGGGCGCCGCAGACGGGCUGGGAGCCCUGCAGCCAGGGACGGGGCGCGCGCGGGGUGUGCCAGCUGGCCAGCGGCUGACAAUGACGCGGUUGUGUUCGUGAAGCCGCACGCGUGCACCCCGGCGACGAGCUGGUCCCGCGCACUCUGGAGGAGCGUGGCGUCUCGGUGGUUCGGUCCGGCUCCGUCACCGCGGCCGAGAUCGAGAGCGGCGGCAUCAUCGACGCCCACUACGCCGCCAUCGCGCGCGUGGGCAUCCAACCACGGACUUACGGGCUCUCGGGCUGGGUGCCGCGGAGGCCGCCAAGUUCCUGGCCGGGUACGGCAGGGAGCUCGAGGAGGCCCUGGCCGCAGGGGCCGUGUACAGCGCCGCAACUCCAUGGAGGCGCUGGACGUGGAUCCCAGCGAGCUGUUGUCUCGAUGCCUCGCGGCGGGUUACGAGAAGCUCGGGUCUGGGUUGUACUGCGCCAAGCUGGAGGGCCGCACCGGCGCCACUGCCCCUGAGAUCUACGUCCUCAACGGCUUCUACGCACGGAUGCGCGAGAAGUUUACGGCCUCGGGGGUCGUCGUGCAUUGGUUUCAGGUGAGAUUCGACGAGAAGGAGCUGCCCUGGGCCACAUUCCGCCAGGAUCGGUCAUAGGCUCGACGAACCCCCCGGACGCCGCCGCCGGCUCGCUGAGGGCGCUCAUCCGCGACGGCUGGCAGGACCUGGGCCUGAAGGAGGAGACAAACUACCAGGACAACGGCGUGCACGCGUCCGCGGGGCCGCUGGAGGCCCUCCGCGAGCGCACGAUCUGGCUCGGGCAGGACCCCGAGGCCGACCCGUUCGCGGUGGCGCUCGCCGCGGCCGGAGGGCCGCCGGUGCGGGAAUUGAUCGAAAACCCGGAGAUCGACCUCGGGGGCGAACGCGGGAGC